AUGUAUCCUUGGAGUGUCAUACAACGCUGUAAAAACGUAGCGACAGCGGACUAUUCAACAGCGUACCUUUUUCGGAAGAGGGUUUUCAAGACAGCAUUGCACACGGCAGUAAAUGGCGUGGAAAAGGUGGAGGAUCGAGCGAGAAGCGGGUUGGUGAAGGCAAUCAAAGAGAUUGAUCGAAAAAAUGGAGAACCAUUUUCAGCUCUGGAACUUUUUGAAAGCGCAAUAAUCGCACAACUUUGGGAAUGGCUGACCUCAAAAAGCGUAUCAUUGGACGAUGCGAUCGUAAAAUCUUCCCACGAACUGGGAUACAUACUGUCGAACCUUGCCAAACAAGCUUCGUUGUAUCAAAUGUUCCCAUUCUUAGCGUAUUUUCCGACUAAAUUUAACCGUGAUAUAAAAAGAGCCAAACAGUUGGUGGAUGACUUGUUUCUCCCGGAAUUCCAUGCACAUCAGCAAACCUAUGUAUCAGGCAUCAUUCGUGACUUAACCGACAGUUUUAUUACUUUAUACGAAAGGGAACGUACCAAAGACGGCAUCACGGAAAUAGGUUCAACAGAAGAUAUUCCAUACCUAAUGUUGGAUGUCAUCAUCGCCGGAACAGACACAACUUCCACCGCAUUAUCUUGGUUCAUAUUGUACAUGGUUUUGUAUGAUGAUAUCCAAAUAAAAAUCCAAAAAGAAAUUGAUGUUAUAACCACGAACGACAGCGCGCCAGCUUGGAAAGAUGUUCAAAACAUGUCGUACCUUCAGGCUACUUUGUGCGAGGUUUUAAGGAUCUCCGGUUUGGUUCAACACACGGGAACAAACGCUAUUCGUGACACCACCAUUGCCGGUUAUCACGUACCCAAAGGAACUCUUGUCGUGCUCAAUCUCAAGCAAGCGCUUCACGACGAACGAGAAUGGUCAGAGCCUGUCACGUUUAAGCCUGAACGAUUUCUUGGUUCCGAUGGCAGAUUUGUCGGAUGGUCGAAGCUUCGUGGUUUCGUGCCAUUCGGUCUUGGACGGAGGGAAUGUUUAGGACAAUCCGUAGCAAAAAUGACACUGCUUACAUAUGCUUCAGCAUUGUUGCAUCGCUACAAAUUUGAGUUACCAGAUAAAGAAGCACUUCCUAGCACAGACGUUUCUACUGACGCGUUGUUGCUCCGUCCCAAUGACUUUAAAGUCGUUGCAAAAUACCGGUCUAGAUAUAUCGAAUGAGAGUUAAUGGUACACUAUAGUAAUACAAUUGCUUAACUCCUUUUAUUUUUAUUUAAAAACUGUGAUACAAAUCGAUGGUAAC